CCCCUCUCUCUCUCUCUCUCUCUCUCUCUCUCUCUCCCCUCACUCUUCAGUGGCUGAACCCCUCUUCUGAGAGAAACUGCACUCUCUCUGAUUACACACAGAAGAGAGAGAAAUUAGAGAGAGAGAGAGAGAGAGAAACCCAUUGCAAUUGGUAGAGAAAAGAACCCCUGUCUCUCUCUCUCUCUCUCUCUUAAAGCUACUCUUUUUCAUACACACUCUCUCUCUCAGGUCAUAGAGGUGGAGGGGGGAGAGUUGUGGUGGGAGGAGAGGUAGCGAGGGUGGGGGGUCGGCCCCGCCAUGGACGACACUUGGCACGCCAAAUGCGGCUCCGCUUGGGUCCCACAGGCGGCGCCGCCGCCGCCGCCGACGACGACGACUCCGGCGCCGGCGCGAGGUACGACGAUGGGGGCUCCGGCGCAGUUGGGCAUGAAUCCGUUGUUCCGCAUCAAUCCCUUCAGUGCACCAGAAACCAUUUUGGAGGGCCGAGCAAUAACUCAAGAACAGUUGUUCUUCAAUACUUUGAACUUUGAUUCCAGCAGACCGAACAAAACAGAGCUGGGAAAUUCGUUUCUCACUCUCUUAUCUCCGGAGAAUUACCAUUUGCCAAAUUCAAGGUUGUCAUUAGCUAAGCUACCUGUUAAUAAGGGCUCGACUGUAAAUAUGACAAGCUGUACUCUUCCGAUCACCACUAUUCCACCUUUAGCUGAAAAUCAGAGAAACAGCACAUUAGAAAACAUCAAGGAGCUUUCUUUACUCGCUUCAUCGAGGUCUCUCUCAAUGCUCAAGAGCAGUGUUUUGCAAAGUACUUUAACAGAAGCAGGUCCAUCUACACAUGGAAUGGACUGUAAUGAUGUAUUUUCAAAUCAACCGUCUCGAGCUCACAGUACAAAUACGGCAACAUCGUCCUUGCUUUCUGACUGGCCAAAUUCAGCUAACUCAAAUAAUGCUAUCAAGGUUCAGACAUCAAAUUUUCAGCCCUCGCAAAAAUUUCCUGUGGAAAUCAAGUCUUCGAGCUCUUCUCAUGCAUCUGCCUUUGGUAAAGGUCCCCUUGUCCUCUGCAUAAAUACUGUUGGAGAGCUUUUUGUGAAUGAGAUGGGGCUUCUGGGAGUCAUUUGCUGUUGUCAUAAGUUGAGAAUGUCUGUGGCUAAAUUUUGUGAGCAUUCAGGAGCAUCUUCUGAUAAACCCGGCGACUUUGUCUGCAUGGAAAAUGGCAUGACCAUUUCUCAGUGGCGCAAGUAUCACUUAGGAAUAAUGGCACCGGAUGAUGGGAAAACAUGGCACUGGCCAGAUGGGUCAUUUGUGUUAGGCGGUUUGAUUGAAUCUAAGGCUGCCAAUCUCUCGAAUUUACGCAAGGAACCUCAAAAGAGUGUUAUAAGCGAAGCACCUUUUGGAUUAGGUAAAAAUGUGGGACCUAGGUGCAAAUCUGCGUAUCGUAGUCAGCCAUAUAGAGAGGCAGUGGACCAAACUACUGCAAUGAAGAUAACAAAUGAGAAAUCAGCACAUGGACAACGGAAGAGUAAUUUUGAAGAACAAAAUAUCUUCUCGACGAACUUGCCGACGAACUUCUCUAGUUUAACACAAAGAGCUGUGCCUCCUCUAGCUAAGAACUUGAUAGCACAGGAAAGAAAGGGAAGCCCUCUUCAUAUGGGAGCUGUAGACUCAAGUACUGUAAAUAAUGGAGGACAAAAGAGUGGAUCUCUGUUGGCCUCUAAUAGCGUCAAUUUAAUGGGAAAAUGCAAUAAUUCAUCCAUUUCAUAUCAAUAUUCAGGGACUAAGGAUAAUUUCAUCCAUGAUAAUAAGGGCAGCGAGGUGAACUUCCCGGGUGAAGUUUCUCGAGUCAGCAGGAAGGGUGCGUCUAACUUUGAAUUACAGCUCGGCCGGCCAUCUCAGCUUAAUCAUACCACGGCAGGUUUAUUUCCAAAUUCCAUGUGCAUUGUGCGAUUUGGGGCAGUACAUGACCCACAAAAAUCUCGAGCACAUCAGCCGCUGGCAAAUGGCACUGUGUGUCCAAAGGAAACGACAAGAUCAAGGCAAAAUACUGAUGAAUUGCCUACAGAGACAUCAUUUUCCACCAGAAGACACAUGCAGCAUCCACUUGGAAUGGCUAAUUUUGUCAAUAGUUCUGAGACUGAAGAACUGAACACUGACUCCACAAAGAAUUCACUCAUCUCGUUGUUUCUUUCGCACCUUGAACGAAACAACACAUCUCAAGCUGCUGAUGAUAUUCUUACCGGCAGCGAGCAUUUUCCACCUAGAUUGCUUAAUGAUGAUACAUAUUCUGCCAAAUGCAACCUUUCAGAUUCAAUAGUGGAUGAAAAUGAUAGGAAUGAAAGGAAAUGUGUUAUGAAUAAGUUGGACCUUUCCCAAAAUAGAGAUGGAGCUUCGGAACCAAGUUCAACUAAAAGUAGCGUGGUUAAAUCCUCAUAUUUUGUUCAGAGUAAGCAGAUAUCAGAUGACAGAACGGCUUUGGCUUCUACUUCCGGCGUUCAUCCUCCUCAAAGUAACUUCUAUGCACAUGAUAAGCUAUUUCCUUUGCAUUCAAAUCAGUGUGGGGAAGUUCUCGGGCUUGAAAAUGGGAAUUAUUUUGACUAUGGUAACCCUAAAUCCCAAAAUCCACUACUUCAUGCAUCUGUAAGAUCUGGCUCUCUAAUCAUGGAGAACGGAGGCGGUGCUUCAGAACCAACUUCUUUAAAAAAUAAAAGAGAUCCUGACAGAAUUCAACAUUUAACACAGGAGAACCUAAGAGUUCAUUCUUUUAGACCUGCGGUUGAGUUCUCAAAGCAGGAAAAUUUCACCACUUUUCAUGAAACAAGCACUCAUCAUGGAAGAUUAUGCUGUCUUUCAACUGUGAAAAUGAAAGGAAACUAUGGGCAAAACGAUGUUUCCAGAGUUGCCGUAAGAUCUGAAUAUCCAUGUCCACAUUUUCACUGUAAUGGUGGUGGUGUUGAGAUGCCAGCUGGUGCAUGUUCUAAACAACACUGCAACUGCACAGCUACAAUACAACGAGCUUCACUAUGUUUUAGACAAAAUGGUAUACAGUGUCCUGCAUGCCAUGUAUGUGCCACUGAUGAGCAGCCUUGCAUAAGAUGUACGAGGCCGUCGAACAUAUGUUUACCUGCAAAUGGUAAGCGUGAUAUAUAUAGUCGGGAAGAACAAAGCCCAUGUUUGUCUGGAAAUUGCAGCUAUUUGGCUCCUUCAAAAUGUGUGGGAAGAUGUAGUUUAGGAAGUCAUAAUCAUCCUGACAACACUUUAAAUAAACAAAAUAAUUGUGAGAAGGCCAAGUAUAUGCAUGCCCCUGGCGAAGCAUAUGAAAAAGACUGUACUUUCCGAGAUAGCAAAAGAAUAAGGCUAGGAAAUGAAUGUGGAUGCUCAAAGAGUAGUGUUGUUGUAAACAAUGAUAACCGAAAUGGCUUUUGCAAAGAUACUAGAAUAACUGAAGAAUUUGGAGCCUAUCAAGAGUUUGACUCGGUGAGAGAACAAAAUACAUCAAAAGUUUCUUCUGGGUCCUCUGCUCCUGCAAUAACUGAGGUUUCUGUUUCAGUCGAAACCAACAAUAUGGGCUCUUCUGCAAAAGAAGACAUGAAUACUUUUCAUAAUUGUGUUGAUGAAGGUUCAGGCAUUGAAAAAUGUGGCUCAUCUGAUGAAGCAAUUGGCGGUACAGAAUGUGAGCAGGCUCUUAGUGAUAAGCUCAAUUUAGAUAAUUCAUCUAGAAUAAAGCAGAUAAGUAAUCAAAUCACCAUGGAAAAGGCUCAGGAAGUUACUCGAGAUUCUAACUGCUGUAUUGGAAAAGUUCAGCUCUUGUCAUCCCAAGAAAUAGAAGCUUCUCCUCAGCGAGACAAUGAUUUGCAGAAAAUAUGCCUUUCUUCAGCCAAGUCUUCAAAUGUCAAGCGAAAGCGCUCUUCCUUGUCCUGCACGAAGCUGUUACCCAUAAAGAGAAACACAAGAAGUGAUAAAAUUGUCAAAGAUGAUGAGAUUAAGUUAUAUGAUGAAGUCCAUUCACACGAUACACCCAGCGAAAAGUCAGAGAACGAUUUCGAUAGGAAAAGGGUAUUCAGACAAAAGGAGCUUCAUGUAGAAGCUCGAAAGCUGCCGAAAUACAUGUUGUUAAGCUGCAUAGGAAAAGACAUUAACCAUGGAAGGAACUUUCCAAGUAACAAAGGUAGGCCUGUCGUAUGUGGGAAUUCAGGUAUCAUUUCCACAGGUAUAGCGAAUGGUGAAGGAAAACCUGCAAAAAUUCUUCCACUCAGCUUGAUUCUUAAAAAGGCUAGAAGGUUAAGCACUCCUAAACAUGGCAAGAAGCUUGUACCAGAGAACAGAAAUACACGUACUAGGGCAAAUAAAAGGAGUCACAAUGCGUUAACCUCUUGGAAAUCGCUAUACAGUACUGAAGGUUCAGGUUCUGGUUUGAGAGAUGAAGCUGAGUUUUUAAAACCUACUUCAAAUCAAUUAAGCCCCACUUCCAAGGAUAUUCACGAAUGCAGACUUAAUAAACUAUCAAAAAUGGAUAGAAAAUCGAAAAUCUCAAUUGGCUUACCUCCUCUGGAGGAAAGUGGAUCUUUUGAUCAGAUGGAGGCUGGAAAAGAUCAGUUGGUAGUACCCCCAAUAACUCGAACAGGAGAGAAACAUCAAAGUGCAAUGUUAUCAUCAAGAAAAAUUUCAAAAUGUGCAUUGUCAACAGAUAUUAAAUCAGUGAGAAGUUUGCCGUCUGAUCAUAGUGAAGCAACGAAGCAUUUUCAAGUGAAUUCAAGCAGAUAUGACAAAGGGCAUAAAGUUCUUUUAGAUUCGGAUGCCUUCUGUUGUGUUUGCAGCGGCUCAAACCAGGAGAACAUCAAUCGUUUGAUUGAGUGCAGCCAGUGCUUUAUUAAAGUGCACCAGGCUUGCUAUGGUGUUCCAAGAGUCCCUAGAGGUUGUUGGAGUUGCAGGCCAUGCAAGAUGAAUGUCCAAGAUAUAGCAUGUGUUCUUUGUGGAUAUGGUGGAGGAGCUAUGACUCGGGCAGUUAAAAGCCAAAAAAUUGUGAAAAGUCUGCUAAAACGUUGGGAAAUUGGAAAUGGGUCCAGUUUGAAAUUUGUUCCUCCAUCAACAACUAUGAACGCUGAAUGUGAUGUUAAAGUGAGUUCAUUUGAUGAAGCAUCUGAACAUCGUAAAUAUGGUUUUAUUCCUCCGUGUGGAACGAUAAGCUCCAAUGUCCUCCCUAGCGCUGGUGUGGAAAUAAAUCUGAAGCAAACAAAUGAGACUCAACAGUUGGGCGAGAUGCCAAGUAAUUUUGAGACAUUUAACAGUAUUAUUGCUGGCUUAUUUGAUCCCACUGUGACUCAAUGGGUUCAUAUGGUUUGUGGUCUUUGGACGCCUGGUACUCGAUGCCCUAAUGUUGACACAAUGAGUGCGUUCGACGUGUCUGGUGCUUCACCUGCUAGGAAGAAUGCUUUAUGCUCAAUGUGUAACCGACUGGGGGGUUCAUGCAUCAUGUGCAGAGUUUCAGAUUGUUUUGUAGUAUUUCAUCCUUGGUGUGCACACCAGAAGGGUUUACUCCAAAGCGAGGUAGAAGGUGAUGACGAUGACAAGGUUGGUUUUUAUGGGAGAUGCCUGAAUCAUGCAGUAGUUAACAUUUCCGACAUUGAUAGUCAUCAUGUGGAUCCCGAGGAAGAAUUUCCAAUAAAAGGGGACUGGACUUGUGCUCGCACAGAGGGUUUUAGGGGCCGGAAAAGAGAGGAAGGAUUCAACCCGAAUUACAAGAAUCCUCACCAUGAAGUUGGAGGAUGCAUUGUUUCUCAGGAACAAAUCAAUGCGUGGCUCCACAUUAAUGGUCCGAAGUCUGUUAGAGGGGUACUAAAACCGCUCUGUUUAGAUGUUGAAUAUGAUUACCGGAAGGAAUAUAUUCGGUACAAGCAGUCAAAGGGCUGGAAACAUUUGGUAGUUUAUAAAUCUGGCAUUCAUGCACUUGGUCUCUACACAUCGCAGUUCAUUGCCCGUGGAGCUAUGGUAGUUGAGUAUGUGGGGGAAAUUGUUGGACUCCGUGUUGCCGAUAAACGAGAAAUCGAAUACCAGUCUGGGCGCAGAUUACAGUAUAAGAGUGCGUGCUAUUUCUUUAGAAUCGACAAGGAGCAUAUCAUCGAUGCUACUCGCAAAGGUGGGAUUGCUCGAUUCGUUAAUCAUUCAUGCCAGCCAAAUUGCGUUGCUAAAGUGAUCUCAAUCAGGAACGAGAAGAAGGUAGUGUUCUUCGCAGAGAGGGAUAUAAACCCCGGCGAGGAGAUUACUUACGACUACCACUUCAAUCACGAAGACGAAGGUCACAAAAUCCCUUGCUUCUGCAAUUCGAAAAAUUGCAGGCGGUAUCUAAACUAAACCGAAUUUGAUCGAAUUGAACAUCGUAAUGGAUUCGCAUUCAUUUGCAUACUCAUUUGGGGUUUUAAUGGGCUCGCGCUGCCUCAAGGCACUUUUACUAGCCCAUUAACCCACUGAUUCAUAUCUCAAACAUGUAUUGAUUAGAUUCAGUAUCUGUACUUCUAUGUAAGAUCAGCAUUCCAUGUAAGAUCAGCAUUCAUAUUCAUAUUGGAAGCCGAAAUUUUCGAAAGUUUUGAUUGGAUUUGAAAUUCGGUAAGGUUCUUGAGCUAUGCGAUUUAAAAACUGCAGAAACACUUUUACUAGAAGCAGUUACCGGCAUUUAAAGGCGAAAAAAGCAUUAUGAUGUUGUAAAGUCAAUACUCAGUAGAUUUGUUAUGCAGAAAUUGUCUUGUUUUCUUUUAGAAUUAAGAUGAAUAAAUAGAUUGUUCUUGUGC